AUGGUGUUCACGUUUGAAGAUACGGAUGAUCUUUCUAGGGUUUUAAAUAACUCUCCUUGGAAUAUUAAGGGUUCUCCCUUAUUCUUGAAGCGUUGGGAAAACGAUGAAACUUAUGAAGAUAUUGAUUUUCUGAAGGCAGCCAUCUGGGUGCAAGUUCAUGGUCUUCCUUUGGAAAAGAUAACUGUGGAAAAUGUUAUUAGUAUUGCUGCUAGUCUGCGUGGCCUAGUUGAAGUUGAUAACAUGAAUAACUUGAAACCUUGUAGAAAGAGUUUUCCGAGGAUUCGUGUGCUAAUUCCUCUAGAUGAACCUUUAGCCACUAGGUUUCUUCUCCAACGUCCUCCGAAGCAACCUGCUCCAAUUUCUUACCAGUAUAAGCAUCUAUCUGAAUUUUGUUAUGCAUAUGGAAGAUUGGGGCACUUAUCUUUCUCAUGUCCUGUGGUUCGUCGUCCUCCAUAA